AGUUUUCAUCCGGCCGAAUGGAAAAAAGUUAGUGAAGACGAAACAGACGGCCCGCUUCCCAAACAACCCAGGCUAACCGAGUUUUACGGCCCGAGCAAAUCUCUUCCCGCUGCAAAACAAGAGGCCAUCACUAAAAAGUUAACACAGUUCAUUUGCAAAGACAUGCGGCCUAUCAGUAUAGUUGACGGUGUAGGUUUCCAGGAAUUUGUCCACGAAAUAAAUCCACGGUAUCAAGUCCCUUCUCGUGGAACUGUGAAAAAUAGGAUUGUGAAACUGUAUGAUGCCACCGCCAGUACAGUGAAAAUGGCAAUCAAGAACAAAGCCGUAGCGUUGACCACUGAUGGAUGGACUUCGCUCGCCAAUGAUGCAUUUGUCACGGUGACUGCUCAUGUAAUCACAGAGGAUUGGGAGAUGAAGGACUUUGUGCUUAAAACGGGAGAGCUCAGAGAAAGUCAUACAGCAGAGAACGUAUCGAAGUCUAUUGUGGAUGGUUUGCAGGAGUUUGGCGUGCAGUUGGAGUCGGUCGUGGCCGUGACAACGGAUAAUGCAGCUAACUAUGUGAACGCAGUUGAGAAGCACAUGAAGACCAUGAACGUGCCGUGUUUCGCACAUACGAUUAACCUAGCUGUCCGAAAGGGGCUAGGGGUGAGGUCUAUAGAGAACAGUGUUGCCAGGUUGAAACGUACUGCUGCCUACUUCAACCAUUCAGCCACCGCCAGUUACCUCCUGGAAGAAAAGCAGAAGCAGAUGGAAAUGCCGAAAAGGGACAAACUGAUCAACGACUGCGCCACAAGAUGGAACAGCACGUAUGAAAUGAUCUCUCGGGCUCUGGAGCAACAAGCACCAGUGGCUGCUGUCAUCUUUGACAAAAAGCUGUCCAACCUUGAGCUGUCUACGAGUGAAUGGACUCAGCUGGAAAGGGUAAAGGACAUUCUCAGGCCCUUCAAAGUCUCUACAGUGGCUUUAUCCACCGACAAAUACCCGACAGCGUCAGCUGUUCUCCCUAUGAGGCACGUUCUUCUGUCUCAUCUGAGACAGGAGACAGACAGCGACACAGCGGCUGUCAAAGAAAUGAAGGCAAAGAUAACAGCUGAUCUAAAUAAGCGCUACCCAGAAGACGGUGACGUCUUCAUGUUUCUGAACACAGCCAGUUAUCUCGACCCUCGCUUCCACUGCCUGGGUCAUUUAGAUCAUGGAAGGCAACAAGAGGUCCAUGAUAAAGUGCUUGCCGAGAUUACAGCUAUAGCAGCGGCAGAGAAGUCAGGAGAGUCAGAAUUGCCCGCCCCACUCGAAGCCCCCCGCAAAAGUUCCCUUUCGGCAAUGGGUGAUCUAUUUUCCCAAGUCUACCAGCAGCAGACAAGAGCUGCUGCCUACGAUCUGCAUGGGGAGCUGGUCCAGUACGAAAGAGAGCCACAGCUGCCUCCGGACGCAGACCCUCUUCUGUGGUGGAAAAGUACAGGCAGCGCGAGAUACCCGUACAUCGCACAGGUGGCAAAAAAAUACCUCACGGUACCCGGCACAUCUGUGAGAUCAGAGCGCGUCUUUUCGUCAGCCGGCAAUAUUGUCAACAAAAAACGCUCAGCACUCGCCGCUGAUCACGUAGACCGUCUGGUAUUUUUGGCCAACAAUAUGUAGGCUUAGCCAAGUAUUUUGAGUUGAUUUGUGGCCUGCUUGUUUCUUUAAGUUGUGGUUGAUUUUUUAUUUUAUUUAACUUGUGAAAAAUGACAUUGGUAAAAAAAAACAUUAUUUUAUUUAGUAGGCGCCAGCCUAAUAGGCUAACUGUGAAAGGUUCUGUUCUGCAAUAGUUUGUUUUGCAAUUUGCACAAAUGAACAGUAGUCUGUCAAAUAGGCUACUUCAUUGACUGUUUACAAUUGGCUGCUGGCCUACUUAAUGUUCGUUUAUGUUUUGCAGGCUAAUAUUCAUUUCUAUAACUGUUCAAUUCAACUGUUCUGGUUUAACUAGGCUAUAAUUAAGCUGUCUUAGUAAGAGUGUACAGUUUUGCAUAAAUUGCACUGAAGUUACACUAAAUGUAACAUGUUGAACAUGACGCUUGGAUUUAGUUUGAAGACCGAAAAUAAAUCAGCGUUUGACUACCACUGGUCGUUUUUCUUGACAUUUGGCAGUGCAACGCCCUCUGUUGGAUAUAACGGGGUACUGUUACAAUACUGUUACAAGUCCU